CUCGCCUCCCCGAGCGCUCCCCGCUGCGUCCCGCUCCCAGCAAUCGCCGCCACCUCGGUCUGGCCAGGUCCGGCACUGCCCACUCGAGGGAGCCUACGUCCGGCGCCCGCCCGACCCUCCGCGGGCCCCACAAGCUGGGCACCUGUUCCAGGAGCUACAACUGAAUCAACUGAGAAGGAAACUGCGCAGCAAACACCAUGAGUAUCUCAGCUCUGGGAAGCAGCACCAAAGGGAAGCCCCUGCCUCCAGGUGAGGAGGAGCGCAAUAAUGUCCUCAAGCAGAUGAAAGUUCGAACCAUACUGAAAGGGGACAAGAGCUGGAUCACCAAGCAGGAUGAAUCCGAGGGCCGCACCAUAGAGCUGCCUACGUGUCGGAAUCGGGCCACAUCCUUUUCAUCACCUGGGGAGGUCUCCAAGGCCAGGCCUCCAAACACAAGGGCUUCUUCUGGUUAUAUCAUCCGGGGAGUGUUCACCAAGCCCAUAGAUAGCUCGUCUCAGCCCCAGCAGAACUUUCCUAAGGCUAAUGGAGCUCCAAAAAGUGCUACCGGACUGAUGGGAGCGGGUAAUCCCCGCCCCUCCUCCUCUGGCUACAAGAUGACCACUGAGGAUUACAAGAAGCUGGCACCCUAUAACAUCAGGCGCAGCUCCACAUCAGGAGCUGAAGAGGAAGAGGUGCCGUUCUCUUCAGAUGAGCAAAAACGGAGGUCAGAGGCUGCAAGCAGUGUAGUGAGGAAGACAGCCUCCCGGGAGCACUCCUACGUCCUGUCGGCGGCCAAGAAGACCACUGGAAGUCCUACCCAGGAGAUCCAGGCCCCAUUUAUUGCAAAGAGGGUUGAAGUGGUAGAUGAGGACGGCACUUCUGAGGGGAGCCGGCAGCCACCUACUCUGGCAAGACCCACUUCUGGCUUGAGCAGCUUGAGAGGUGAGGAGAUUGUCCGCCUGCAAAUCACAACACCCAGGGCAGGACUCCGCGUGGUGGCCCCGGAACUGGAAAGCAUGAGGUCUUCCCCAGGCCACAAAGACAAGGAGGCACCUUGCUCUGUAGGACUCAAGAGAAAUUCGGCUGGUGAGGAAACCUUCAAGAGCCCCAACACGGACUCUAAAAGAUCAGCUAUGCAAUUGAGUGAUGGCACCGAGGAAUCUGGAGCCAUAGGGUCUACACCAGAAGUCUCCAUUGGAGAAGACAAUGGCUCUGAGACAAAAGGCUCCAGUUCCACUUCAGCCUCUGUUGCCCUGGCUGAUAGCAAGGAUGGCAGUGUAGCAGACCUGGAGGCUACCAAGGCAAACUCCAAGGGGAUCUCCGCCAGUUAUGAGAUGAAGAUUGUGGACCCCAAGAUCAGUGAGGCCUCGCCAGAGAGAUCUGGAGCCCCAGGAGCUGUCAGGGAAGACACAGCUGCACCCGCUGAGCAAUCGGAAGAUCCCAGUGCCUUGGAGCCCCAGAGCAGCCUCAGCAGUUCGGAGCAGUGCGUUGAAGUGCAGAGCUGCAGCAGCAGGAUCUCCACCGGUUAUGAGGUGAAGAGUGUGGGCCCCAAGAUCAGUGAGGCCUCGCCAGAGAGAUCUGGAGCCCCAGGAGCUGUCAGGGAAGACACAGCCGCACCCGCUGAGCAACCAGAAGAUCCCAGUGCCUUGGAGCCCCAGAGCAGCCUCAGCAGUCCUGAGCAGUGCGUUGAAGUGCAGAGCUGCAGCAGCAGGGUGAAAAGUCCAUCAAGCUGCAUGGUCACGGUGACUGUCACGGCCACUUCCGAGCAACCUCACAUUUAUAUUCCGGGCUCCUCAAGUGAAUUGGAAUCCAGCCCAACCACCAAAGGCAUUGUGUUUGUGAAGGAGUACAUGAACGCUAGUGAGGUGUCUUCUGGGAAGCCAGCAUCUCCACGGUAUGGCAGUGUCAGCAGUGCCGAGGACUCGCUUGACAUGGAGAAGAAGCUCCCAUACAACAGCACUCCAUACUCUGAGAGAACAACUGGAGGUAUCUGCACUUACUGCAGCCGGGAGAUCCGAGACUGUCCAAAGAUUACCUUAGAACAUCUUGGCAUCUGCUGCCAUGAAUAUUGUUUUAAGUGUGGCAUCUGCAAUAAACCAAUGGGUGACCUCCUGGAUCAGAUCUUCAUUCACCGAGACACCAUCCACUGUGGGAAAUGCUAUGGAAAGCUCUUCUAGCUCCCCACCGGCUGAGCAGAAGCUGAUGAAUCCCAGACAAGUUUGGCUAUCCCAUUGCCUAAAGUUACUGGCUCCUCUCUUUCUCUCUCUCACUGAUCUCUUCAUACUUCUACCCAUCUUAGAUUGAACUUACUAACAUCCAAUACUGAAUCUUAAUGAUGCUACACCAAUUACUUCUGUGUGUAGUUUUUAUAGCUUAAGAAAUCUCUUUACAGCUAUGAGUUCAUUUCAGGCUUGAACUCCUUGAUCAAAGGAUCAAAUAGGAACUGCAUUUUGGCUUCUCUAAGACAUACUGGCUUUUUAACAAAUGCAGCCAAUCUGGAUGUUAGGCCUGGGCAGAAGUGUGGGGCUCAAUGUGCUGAUUCUCUUGAGGCUUCUGAGGGACCACAUUGAAAAGUACUGACGAUCCCUGGUGGGUAAAUUGCAGGCAUUGAAUGCUAGGCAUUAAAUAGGCUAAUGGCUUGUCUAUUUGCCAUAUGCAUUUAAAAAUUUUUCCAUCCACAUUUUAAAUUAGUUGUUUUACAUGGAGUUAUGUAGCAGAUUUUAAUUACUUCCUCCUAUCUUCCUUUCACCAUAUUUGUUUUUCUGUGAAGGUUUGUGGGUAUGUUUUGAGAAGUUUACCCAGUUAGACCUAAAUUUAAUAGAGUAUGACUU